AUGGAUCUGGGAAAGGCAAAGCUGCUAAGAACUGGACUCAAUGCUUUAUAUCAAGCCAUCCACCCGGUGCAUGGAAUUGCCUGGACAGAUGGGAAGCAAGUGAUACUGACUGCUCUAUACUAUCAAAAUGGAGAGCUGAAGUUUGGAGACUCAAACAUUGUUGGUCAAUUUGAACAUGUACAUGGACUUUAUUGGGGCCCGUGUUGCUCUACAGACACCCCAGCUCUGCUUGCUAUUCAGCACAAAAAGCACGUAAGCAUUUGGCAGCUGGUCUACAGCAGUGCAGAGAAGAAAAAGCCCUUGAUUUCUCAGACUUGUGAAGUUGGUGAGCCAUUUCCACUGCUUUCUCAGGGCUGUGUCUGGCAUCCAAAGAAGGAGGUCUUGGCUGUGCUUACAAAACGAGAUGCUUCAGUCUUGCAUGCCGUUCGUACUGACAAUACGCGGGUUAAGGCAGAGAUCAAAAGCAGCGGAGUCAUCCACUGUGCUUGCUGGACUAAGGAUGGUAAUCGUUUAGUCGUUGCUAUAGGCAGUGCCCUGCACUCCUACAUAUGGGAUAAUGCUCAGAAAACUCUAAGUAUCUGCUCCUUUUGCCCAGUUUUUGAUGUGGGAGGUUAUAUCUGCGCUAUAGAAGCUACUCUGGAUUUCCAAAUUGCAGUAGCUACUGAGCUUCCUUUAGAUAAUAUCUGUGGUUUCAAUGCAGGCAUUGCAUUUGAUGUGCCCUCUGGUACAGAAGCUGGUUCUUUAAUCUCACAGUCUGCUUUGGUGCUUGGUGAUGAGGAAUACUCCAUGGACACACGAAGAAAGUCCAUAGAUUCAGAUAGAUCAGGUGUUGAUUCAGUUGCUUCUUCUUCAUCAGGUCCUGUGGAUUUGACCCAUAUCCUUGCAAACCGCCGUCGGUCUGAUCCCAGUCCUCUCCUUACUCUGAAACACAAAGACUCUGCAGCAACAAAUGGUCAAGAUUCUUCUCACUUGAUCUUGGUGACAUUUGAGAGGAAGGUAACGACCACCAGAAAAGUCACCAUCCCAGGUAUUCUGGUUCCUGAUAUAAUGGCUUUUGACCUUAGAGCUCAGAUUGUGGCAGUAGCCUCUAACACUACUAAUAUUGUUCUGGUAUAUUCAGUAACCUCUUCCUGCAUGCCUCACAUUCAACAAAUCCAGCUGGAAAAAAAUGAAAGACCAAAGGGCCUAUGCUUUUUAACAGAUAAACUCUUAUUGAUUCUGAUUGGCAAGCAGAGGUUCCCCGAGCCUAAUCUCAUUCCAUCUUCAAGUUCAGACAGGUAUGUAAUGCGUCUUAUGGUCAAAGAAUUGAUGCUGGAAGAAAACUCUUCGGCAUUGCCUGAGACUAAGCAGAAUGUGCUUUAUAACUUUGAAUCCUCUGUUAAUAUACCUGGAAAAAGAAAAUUCUUUGAGAAUCUUGCCACAGAAGACCAACCUCAAAUCAGGGAGUUGUUAAUACCAAGAAGCACAGUUAUUCAGUCUCCAAGUGGCAGGAGAAGACUCAUUGAAGAAGUAAAGAGCCCUAGUUAUGAGCAGAGCUCUUCAUCAAGUGUGAGUGACCUGGAUGAAAAAAGGCUCCCAGGUGACUCCUCGGUGGCCUUGGAAGCACUGGAUGCUGAACCUAUGAAUCGCUCAGUGUCUCUUCGUGGUUUUGGAUCACCCAGCAGGAUUUCCAGCAGACCAACAUCCCCUAAAGUGCAGUUCAGUGUGAUCCAAGAAACAUCGAAUUCUCCUAAAAACAACAAUUUGCCAAGUGAAAGGGGAAUGAGUCACAUAUCUAGAAAUUUAGAGAGACUUUGUGGCAGUUUCAACGAGCUGCAGCUGAGUCUUUCUGAAAUCACGGACUUUGCUAGGAAUGGGAGGAGGAUAUCCUUCGCCUACCCAUGCUCCCAGGAACCCCCUGUCGUGCAUGUCACUUACCAGAAAAGCUUUUCAAAUGGAUCAGUUACGGAAGAAACAAAAGAUGUUCUCCUCUGUGAUGGCAAGAUCCAUUUGAGUUUAGUCCAGCAGCUGUUUGAUCUGCCUGUUAUUGAAAUGAAACACGGCUCUUCUUGGAUUGUGCUCACUGCAGACAAGGACGGCUUUGUGCCAUUAAUAUUCAAAGCCACACAAGAGAUAAUCAUAAGGGAUGGAACUGACAGUUCAGAAGUCUAUGGAGCUCACUCCCACAAAAAAAGCAUCCCAAUGCGACCACCAAGCAGAGUGACAUAA